CGUACAGUGGAUGACUGCGUCGAUAUUUCCUUUUUUGGCUGGUGUGGGAACUACUGUUUUCAGAGAUGAUGACAUUCAUGGCGCAUCAAUCAGACAAAAACGGAAAACCGUGCCAGGAAGAAAACGGGAAAGAUGAGAAGCCAACCCGGCCUUCAGCAGCAGGCACCACAGAGCUGGAGCAGGGGCGCCAGUCGCGACCCAGAGAGCGGCAGAGCCGGCCCCGGCCGCGCAGGGACACGUCACCCACGACGGCCUCUCUGACGUCUAGGGCGCUGCGGCUCUCGCGGCAGUUCCUGCAGCAAAAGGGCCGCCGCCUCAUGGAGUUGCCCCUGGGGCAGCGCGUGCUGGUCGUAGCAGACAAGGCGCUCGGCUGCGUCAUCCAAGCCUUGCGCUGGGCCGGCGUCCCUCCGGUCAACGUCCCAAUCACCGAAGGUGUCGUGCUUCCACCGGAACCCCUCGGGUUGUCUUUCCGUGAACCGAUUGCGACGCUCCUGCACAUGAUAGGGUCGGCGGUACGCAUGGCUGCGAUGUUUCUGCGUCUCCAUAUUCCGGAAAAUGAGGAACUGAUGGGCCAGCUGAUGAGUUACCGACGCGAACUGGAGGAGCUUCGAAUGGUUCCGGGCAGGCCCCCUCGCGCCAAGUCUCCUGAGGUGCAGAGAUCCACUACACUGGCUGGAUCAAACUCUUCCGCUAUACCACAGCCCAGAACUGCCACACCAUCAGAGUCCUCUUCAACGAGCUCUAGCUCAGGAAGUACAGCACCUAUCACGGAAGAGAUGGCUCAACGAUACUUCAGCCCGCCUCACUUCAGUACAGUUUCGACAAAGAGAGAGAAAGGAAAGGGCGACGGAGAGGAGGAAAAACAUCUAAAGGACGACGAACGGAAAGACAGUGAAACACAGCAGGAUGACCCUCAGCGGCAGGCGACGACGGCAGAGAAAGCGGAGGGGGAAGUCCUAAGCGUCGGUCAGCCGUCUACGUCAUCGUCAUCAGCACCUUCAGAAUCGUCAUUGGCUAAUGACGAAGGUGGUCUUCAGCCAGAGGCUAGCGGCGCUCGGAGGCCGUCCACAAAAUUCCCAAAACCUUCGCUGUUCAUGAAUUUAUUGGGUGUAAAGAUAGCCUGA